AAACAGUACUCAAGCUGACACUUUAUUGAGUGGAGAGGAAAAAGGAGGAGCCCUGGUGUCCGUUUAUUCACCCGUCCCACCCUUUGACACUGUAUUAGUUUUUUUCUCUUUGUAGCUACUGUUAGUUAUUGUUUUAAUUCAAAAUCAUGUAUAGGUAUCUGGGGGAGCUCGUCAGCCGCGCAGCCGCCAGCAGCGCUCUGUCCUCGGGAUGCUUCGACUCCGUUUUGCCCGCUUCCGCGACUCUCCUGCGCGUCCGCCGUUACAGCGAAGCCGUGGGAGAGAAAGACGAUGACCCUAACUUCUUUAGGAUGGUCGAGGGUUUCUUCGACCGCGGAGCUUCUAUCGUGGAGGACAAACUCGUGCAUGAUCUGAAGACGAGAGAAACGCCCGAGCAGAAGAGGCACCGAGUGCGGGGGAUCCUCAAGAUCAUCAAGCCCUGCAACCACGUCCUGUCCGUGUCCUUCCCCAUCAAGAGAGACAACGGGGAGUGGGAGAUGAUCGAGGGCUACCGAGCUCAACACAGCCAGCACAGGACUCCGUGUAAAGGAGGUAUCCGUUACAGCACAGAGGUGUCAGUGGAUGAGGUGAAAGCCCUUGCCUCACUAAUGACGUACAAAUGUGCAGUUGUAGAUGUGCCUUUUGGAGGAGCUAAAGCGGGGGUGAAAAUUAACCCAAAGAAUUACUCCGACACAGAGCUGGAGAAGAUCACGAGAAGGUUUACUAUUGAGUUAGCUAAAAAGGGCUUCAUUGGGCCUGGCAUUGACGUCCCAGCCCCGGACAUGAGCACAGGAGAAAGGGAAAUGUCCUGGAUUGCUGACACAUAUGCUAACACAAUGGGCCAUCAUGAUAUCAAUGCUCAUGCCUGUGUUACCGGUAAGCCCAUCAGCCAGGGUGGGAUCCACGGCCGUAUAUCUGCCACUGGCCGUGGUGUCUUCCAUGGCAUUGAAAACUUUGUCAAUGAAGCUGCUUACAUGAGCCAGCUGGACAUGACCCCGGGGUUCGGAGACAAGACAUUUGUCGUUCAGGGUUUUGGUAAUGUGGGCCUGCACUCCAUGCGUUAUCUGCAUCGUAACGGAGCGAAGUGUGUCGGUGUCGGAGAGCUGGAUGGAAGCAUCUGGAACCCUAAAGGCAUUGAUCCCAAAGAGCUGGAAGACUAUAAGCUGGCCAAUGGCACUAUUGUUGGCUUUCCUAAUGCCACCCCCUAUGAAGGCAGCAUCUUGGAAGCUGAGUGUGAUAUCCUGAUCCCUGCUGCAAGUGAAAAACAACUUACAAAGAAAAAUGCCAACAACAUCAAGGCCAAGAUCAUUGCCGAAGGAGCUAACGGUCCCACCACCCCUGAAGCUGACAAGAUAUUCCUAGAGAGGAAUAUCAUGGUGAUCCCUGACAUGUACCUGAAUGCUGGAGGUGUGACGGUCUCCUACUUUGAGUGGCUGAAGAACCUGAACCACGUCAGUUAUGGCAGACUGACCUUCAAAUACGAAAGGGACUCCAACUACCAUCUCCUCAUGUCUGUCCAGGAGAGUCUGGAAAGGAAGUUUGGGAAACAUGGUGGAGCCAUACCUGUUGUUCCCACAGCUGAAUUUCAAGAGAGGGUUGCUGGAGCGUCUGAAAAGGACAUUGUGCAUUCUGGAUUGGCUUAUACAAUGGAGCGAUCCGCCAGACAAAUCAUGCGCACAGCCAACAGGUAUAACCUUGGGCUGGACCUGAGGACAGCGGCCUACGUCAACGCCAUCGAGAAAGUCUUCAAAGUGUACCAUGAGGCUGGUCUAACCUUCACAUAGACGGUUGUAUUAUUCACCUGGCUCUAUAUCUGAGUCUGUUAAUCUGCGCAGACAGAUUUUAUACAUCCACAUAUAUCUGCCAUAUCAUUUAUGCAUCUUUAGAAUCCUCUGGUCUUUUCAAGUAUAUCAUCCUUUCAGACUUUUUAGAAAAGCCUUAAUGACAAAAUCCCUUUAAUAUAAUCUCCUUGUUAACAUUUAGUAAUGUUUUCUUCAUGUCAUGUGUAAUUGAAGUCGCUGCAUAUUGGAAACACAUUAAGCCUUACAGUCACAGCCGCACACUGUUGUUUCUAAAAACUGUUGUUUCUAGAAUUUCUAGAUGGUUACCUUGUUUAUUUUUUUCACAAAUUUUGACAUAGUUCUAGUCGAGUGGGAAAGGGAUACAGGAUCAAUCUCAGGCUUUUUUAUAUCCGUUAACAUAAUGUUGGUUUUUGCUGCUCCUUGGAACAUUUUUGGUGAUAACCCAAAGCUUCCUUAGUUUUUAAAUGUGUCCUUGUCUUUACAAGUCCGUGUUUAAUUUCUUAAUAAUUGGCAAAUUUUUGGAGCAAGUUUUUGGGAGCUAAUCUUUAUUUUUAUCAUAUUAGCAUUUAAUACGAAACACCCUUUAAAAACAGACUUUGUAUCACCUUUUUAAAUGGUCUAAAAUUAAUAAAAUGUAAAUGUUAA